AUGCAAGUUAGUCCCUCAGGACACCUGGGUGGGUAUGGAAGCCCGCGGUUCACGCAUGAUGCACAUGAAGGUGGUAGCAAGACAACAACGGAAAUCACUCAGGACCACGGGAAUCCGCCUGGGCAACACUUACAAGGACAGGAUGAUUCGGAAAGCGUUGUCAGCGAACUGAUAUUCCGUCUUAAGGAGAGCAUCAGCGAGCAGGCAGGGAGCUGGUGGAGGGCUUCAAUGGCGAAGGUGGCGAGGAGGCCUCUGCUCGCUUCAUACGAAACGUCUCCAGCUGAAGUUUUCGAAAGCACCCAUGAGAUCCAAGAUGAGCUUGUUCCAGGACCAAAUGAGAACUCUGUUUUCAGCAGUAAUUGGCACGAUCGCCUGCAGUGGGCAUUUCAGCGAGUGCUCACUCUCCGUGAGUCUCAGGACUCGAGGUCGGCCAGCCAGCUCAGAAGACGACUGUUCGAACGCGAGCUCGCCCUCAAUCACGAGAUUGGAUCAUUUGCGGCAGCUGCCCGUGCAGCAGCAGUUGUAUUGGUGCACUCUCUGACGUUGGAAGAACGAUAUAAGCAAAGGGAAAAGUUUAAGUGUGAGAACCAGGAGGUACAACCGCGAAAAGGACCAGCCCAGUGCUUUAUACGCAUCAGACCGGAAGAGUACCCGACGUUGUGGCGUGUCUACCAACCAAAAUUUCCAGACGACGAACUUUACGUCUUUGACAGCCUGGUCCUGACGGUCAUUGUGGGCGACACUCAAGCAAGCAUCAAGCCGCAUUUCGCAAAGGAAGUCUACCAAAAUGAUGUGAAGGGCCGGCAGGCAGUGGCUGAUGCUGUGUAUGCGACCGCUUUUGCGAGGAAGACAGAGACAGAUUUGCGUCUCCGCAGUCGCUUUCAGCUUCAACGCAGCCAUGAGCGUGACCGGCAACAAGUAGAUACUGCGUGGAACCUGCACGACCCAACUAAAUUUGAGCGUGCCAAGCUUGGGCUUCCAAUCGCUUGCCUUGUUGAUUAUGCCGGCUUCGCUGUCCUAGUUGAGCCGCUUUUGCCCCUAAGCCCGGCACCCGUCAACGUCUUAGAAGAACUGGUUGCGGACAUCCGCCGGCGCCUACCCGAUUUUGUACAGCAGUGUGGGAACAUUGGUAAUCCCCUCGGCUGUUUUGAUGCCUUAGACAAAGUAGACCGCGCUACUUAUCACAAGUUUAAGAACAUUGCCGGCUUUCUGAACCUGGCGGACUACCCAUUUCCUCGCGGCGCUUCAGAUUUCGACGUGGGUUUGCCUCCAGCGGCGCUCUGGAGGUCUCAGGUGGACCACUUUUGCAUAUUUCGCAACCUUCAUGAAACGCUCCCCCCAAAGUGUGCUAACGGGCGAGUGGUCCCGGAGCAGAGGUUCCGACAGACGUUUCUUUCUCGUGUUUUUGACGUUGCUUUGCCUUGUACCAGCAGAGAGCAGCACAGGGCUACAGAGAUACGUGCCUCGAAGUUUGUCCAGCAGCGCACGACACUGCGGGGAACACUGGAGGCGCUUUCCGUGGCUGCGCGCUCAUUGGAGCUCGCUAUCAAGCAGGACGUUGUGCCUACCAUUAACGCGCUGCAAAAAAAUUUUUUAGAUUCAUAUGACGUUGCGCACGCUCUCCAUAGUCAUGGAAUCAACAUCAGAGAUAUGGCUCAGUUGUUGAAGCACGGACCAGCUUCUCCAUUUAAAGAUGCUAUCAUCCGCGAGGUGGUGGCCAGAUCAGCCAAACACUUAUUCCGGCUGCAAGUUGAGAAACUUGCUGAAGGCGGAAUGAUUGAUUCCAGCCACAUGGAAGAAAUUCAACGUUUGGUCGUGAAGCUUUUCAACUUGGUUCUCUCUACCAACGAGGAAUCAAGAAUUUUUUGGCGUCACCAAAUACUUCCGCUAGCCCUAGGGAGGUACAAAGUAGAUCUAACUGAGAUGGCGUCGCCGGAGAGCGUUUGCACUUAUUCCCUCUUCAAGGCCAUGGAAUACAACCUGGGCGUCCAAUUUGAUAACAAUGUGGCUACGCGUUCAACAAGUCCAUCCGGCGAGGCAUCUCUCGAACUGCGACUGCCAUUAACUGUAGCUGACUUGUCAACGUUCUCUACCCGUCGAGACGCUCUGCUCUUUCCUCACAUUUCACAGGUGAGAGCGGCGCUCGUUGGCGGUUGCCAUCCAUUAGUCGACGAUGAAAAUGACGGCGAAGACUGGGGAACCCAAAUACGGUCAACUAUGCGCCGCAUGCGACACUUCGAAAACGCCGAUAUGUCUACGGAUAAAGACGAGCCAAGCAAGCCAAGGGCUCCCGGAACAGCAGAGAUAUUGCAAAAGUUUGCGGAGCUGCGGGAAGUUCGAGGGUUUUAUCCAAGAGUCCACGUCGUUGCCCCAGAAACUGUCGCGCUUAUGCAGGCAGCUACUGCUGCAACUGUAGCUGGGGCGAGCAGCACUUCUUUAGAUGUACUUCUGGACAACAUGAAGGCUGGAACAGGAUACCCCUGCCAUCCAUACUGCCUUGCAGUGGACGAAGACGAGGCGCUGCAAGAAGUCAUUCUAAAGGCAGCUGACGAGAGCAAGCCGCUAUCACCCCUAAAGCAGUGCCUUCGAUACAGGAGAAAGAAACUCGCCUUAACUUUGGCUCUUCUGUCGAAGGCAGCCAUCGGAUGCGAUAUUUUCUUGCUGGGGAAAAUCUUGCAACAGACUGCGUACAUUAUGCUACAACACAAUGAGAUCAAGGCGGCUGGAAGUAUUGCGGAUUUCAUUUACUCCAAAAUCCCAGAUGGGCUGUCUCUCCAGUCAGAAGCGUUGCUCAUCGACAUGCAGUGCACCACAAAAGGAAACGAGCCCCAAGACGCCCUGCUGUGCUAUCGGAAUCUGAAACCACUUUUAGUUGCUAUGGAGGGGAAGAUGUCGCUUCGACUGUUGCUCGCCGACCUGCUGCUCGCUUCUUUUGCCUUCAAGAACAAGCGCUUCAACUCCUCCAUUCUGCACGCCUUCCGUGUCCAUAGAAUAUCGACAGUGUGUUUCGAUACUGGGGGAGCUCACUGGGCUGCUGUCGCAGCGCUACGACUCAUCGCACGAUCCAUGCUGGAAGUCCAGCGGUGCUCUGAAGCCAUCAUAAUUUUGCAGCACACCGUCAGAGUGGCGAGUACAAAUCCCGAGCUUCCAUCCCUCGUAACGCACAUGAACCGGUUCUGGCUAGCUGCAGCUUUUGCAAGAAUGGGUCGUUUGGAGAACGCAUCUGUGGAGGCUCAAAGCAUGUUAGCGGGACUCGAAUCUGAGCUCGGAACGAAUCACGAAGCCACAAUGUCAGCCCUCUACCUUGCAGCUGAAGUGAAGAUGCGGUUAGGGUGCUUGUCACUCCAAAACCCACCGCUUAAAAUUGGUGGGCCGACUGAGCUAGCGGAUGAAGCUGGCAUUACCGGUGCGCCUACUGAACUUCAGGAGCCCUUGCUCUGGAAACCCCUGGGUGCUGAAGACUUUGAAAUAUAUGAGGAAUUAUUUCGCGACCAAGGCAUGAGCCAGGCUAGGGCAGAUGCUGAACAGCUCUUUCUUGCCCUUUUCCGGCGCCUUCUCUUUCGGGAAGACAAUGUUCUCGUCGAAGUAUACAAGCCGCCGGGCCUUGACCGCAAGCAACGUCAACGACAAAUCUUCUCCACACUUAGACAGAUCUUGAAGCUCAAGCUGUGCUCCAUUCCGAUAUCCGUUCUCCGCCUUUUGGCGCAUCGCAUAUACAUAGCCUGCGUCGCCCAGGGUUGCUCAGAAGGUCUCCGUUCUUUUGGCCUAAUGGAGCAAGAGCAGGUAGAAGAUUCUGUUGUAAAUGACUCCAAGGGAGAUAGCACUAGCCCUGGAUACGCGCACCUCUUACGGAAUGGGACACGGGUGGUCUUUACGCGGUAUCCUCGCCUGCACGGGGGGUGCAGAGGGACGUCGGAUGCGUCAUCGGCCCGUUCGACUACGGCCUUCGAUUGCAAACAGAACGUGAAGUCGGCUUCCAAAGAGGAACGAGCUUAUCCGUUUUUAUUCUUCUCCCAGGAGAAAGUGUCAGGGACAGAACGUCGGCAUUCCCAUGGAGAAGACAUCUUGUACGCCCGCGUGGACGGAUCAUCUGGAUUGCGGCCUGCACAGGAACACGACGAUAUAAUGCUGCAACUACUCUUGUUUGGCAAGGGCCCCACAUCUCUGAAUGGAAUACUUAAGACUUGUUACAUGAGCUGCUUGGAAGACCGAGCGAGGAACCCGGCAACUUGGUUCGACGACCUCAUCUCAGACGUGCUUGGAGAACGCGGGAGCUUGCAGCACUUGCGGUUCCUCAUUUGCAUGUUACGCCGUUUCUUUACGUUGUCGCAGAAGUCGCUUUUCAUUGCCCUCGCAUUAGGCGACUUCAACAGGAAACGUCAUGCCCAAAUGUUCAUUCAAACGAUGCGCGCGCAAGAGACUGAGGGAGAGGGCAUGUAUGUUUCUGUGUCAUAUUCAGAUUACCUUGAGUAUGAUUUCAAUUCGCCUAGACCGUUUGACCUAAAGAUCGGAAUCACCCGGUGCGAGGAAUUCUUGAACUCUACUACCUGGACCGGGUCAGCUCUCCAACGCAUGCGGUCACAACUCGACUUCACUCUUUCUAAGCAGUUACUGACAAGAGGGGGCCCAACACGGGCUUGGCAACAGUCAGCUGGCAACAGUGAGAUAGUGGAAGGAGGAGGGGCUGAUGAUGAUUCGUCGUCGAGGGCAAACGUAGCGCUCCUCCAAGCCGAUAUUGCUGCCGUUGAAAAGAACUACUUAGAGCCACCGGUUGUGGGAAAAGGGAACAUAUCGGGGAAGACUGCGUGGAAGAGCAUGAGCACAGCAGCAAGGCUGUCUCAGCUCCGCUUCGGCGGAAGCAAGCAGCUCAUCGCAAACAUGCCCCCAAGUGCCUACGGAGUCAUGGGGAGCAUACUGAAGCCUGAGCACGACUCGGAACUGGAGGCAUUCGGCUGCAUUGAGUGUCUGCAGCCAGCCGACAAAGUCCCAUAUCUUGGCGGGUGA